AUGGCCGUCGGGGCCAAGGCGGGGAGGCCUCUCGGGGCCAGGCGCCUCCGGCGGGGCCCCGCAGAAGACGAGACCGCCAUCCUCGAGGAGGAGGAGGAAGAAGAAGAGGAGGAGGAGGAGGAGGAGGAAGGCUCCGGCUGCGCCUCCAAGCAAGUGGCGUUCGCCAGCCUCCCGGACAAGUACGAGCCUCUGGGCGCCGGCGCGGCUCCGCGAGCGCAGGGGGCCGAGCGCAAGAGCAGAAAGCGCAGGAGGAAGCUCAAGAAAUACGGCCAGAAUGUGGGCAAAGUGCUUCAGAAAGGAUGCCGUUAUGUGGUGCUCGGCCUGCAAAGCCUCGCCAACGCCUACUCGUCGCCCUUUGGAGUGGCAGCCUCGGUAGCGACGCUGUUUCGGUAGACCGGUGGCCCUCUUCUUUUGAGAUGGAAGGAA